CAUCAUCUCCAAAUAGCUUCUUCUCACCGGAGCUUUCCUCUUCUUCUCUUUUAUCAGCCGCCAAUUCCAAACCCUAGAAUUCCCAUGGCUUGCAUCCAUAUCUCUCGAUCUGGCAUCUCGUCUCCGGCUCUCCUCCGCCUCCGCCCUGCGCCGCCUCGGCGGCGGGCUUCUUCUCUUGUCCUUCGUUCUCAGCUUCAGGAUUCUGAUGGUGAAUCGAAUGGGGAGGAGAAGCCGGAAUCGCUGUUCAUGAAGGAGUUGAAGCGGAGGGGGAUGACGCAGAGGUCGUUGCUGGAGGAGCGGGAGGCGGAGGUGGAGGAAGAGGGUGGUGUUGGGGAGCGUGGCCGUGGGAAGAGGCGGAAUGGUGUUGCAGAAGCUGAUUUUAGCAAAGCGGUGUUGAAUCAGAGGGAGAAGUCCAUGGCACUGAACAGUGAAGGACUUGAGGGAUUGAUUCCUCGGGCAAAAAUACUUUUGACAAUUGGAGGGACUUUCUUUCUGGGAUUUUGGCCUUUGAUCCUGAUCACAGUCUCCUCUUUUGCAGCUCUGUACUUUUAUUUCGGGCCAAAUUUCGUGCAUGAUGCCAGCAAGAUCACAGCAACACCACCACCAUAUGUAGAUCCCUACACCCUGCUUGAAGAUGAAAGGUUAUCUCAAGUGGCUCCAUAUGUGAAAUGAAAACAUGUUUCACAACUUCUCCCAAGAUUACCCAAAUAAUGUAAGGUUAAUCUUGGAACAUACCUGUAAUAUUCUUUGCCCCCAUGUAAAUUUUUCACUCUAGAUGUUGUCUGCAAGUUCCUUCCUAUCUGUUAUUUAUAAUGAAUCUCAAAAUGUUCCAAUCCCUUGAUUAAAAAAAAAUAAUAAUGCUACUUGUAAUAUAUUUUUAAUUGUUUGUUAGAUGUAUUAUGUAGCAAUUUCUUAUUUUAUUGUGAUUGUAUUGUUGUUUGCCAGAA